AUGUUACAAAGAUCUGGAUCUGAGCAAGACCUGUAUGAUGAUGUAACAGGUUUCAAUGCACGUUUUCCUCAAGACGUGGUUACCAUAAUAAUUGAGGAACUCUCUGAUCAUCCCGUUUUACGAGUGGUUAGUGACCAACUGAGCCAAAGUAUGAUGGACCCAGACAGAAUUGCAGACAAGGCUCUUUCCCAGGUGUCUAUUAGUGCAGAGUCUAAAUCAUGGUGCUCUGAAGAGGCAAUCCCAGGUACAAGUGCAAACAAGACCCCAAUAGGGACAGGGGAGUUGCUCACUCUGAAAGCUCUUCAGCCCAAGGUGGACCUCCUUACACAACUGGCAGCUCACUACACUGGGGAUGAGGAGGCAGAGGAAAGGGUGGAAGAAAACCUUGAAUCAGUGUGGCAGUGGAAGGAAGAAGAGGGGCUGCAGCAAAUCAAGAUCAUUCCAGCUGAAUCCUCUCUGUAUUUGUGGAUCCCAUUUGAUUCAUCCAUGGACACUGAACAAUCAAGCCUUGCCAUUGGAGGACUAUCGGGAGCAUUGGAAACACAGACAUCGGGUGAAUGUAUGUGGUUUGCAUUUUUUUUAGGGUUUCAUUUAUUUCCCUUAAUGUCUUUAUAA